UAAACAGUGUUUAAGUGCAACUCCUUCGAAUCUUAACAAAGAUGAGUUGAUAGAAGCAUUGCAUUGGGCUUUGGUGGUUGUAUAUAAAAACUGAUAAAGGUUUCCAAGAGAAAGAUAUUUAUAGUUUAUUCCUUUUAGUGUUUGAUCUUUUCUCUGUUAAUUAUUUGUUAAAGACGGAAUUCAUGUACAUCAAAUUGAAUCUUCAUCCUAUUUUUUGUGGUUAUCUAUCACUCAAAUGCUUCCAUCAGCAACUCAAACCCUAACGCUUCCAUCCGCGUUGGAGACACUGAGAGAGGAAAAUGUACAAGAACCAGCUUCAGGAGCUGGCCCAACGAAGCUGCUUCAACAUCCCUUCCUACACCUGCAUUCGGGAAGGCCCCGAUCACGCCCCUCGCUUCAAGGCCACCGUCAACUUCAACGGCGAGAUCUUCGAGAGCCCCCACUACUGCUCCACUCUCCGCCAGGCCGAGCUCUCCGCCGCCGAGGUCGCCCUCAAUUCCCUCUCCCACCGCGCUCCCUCUCACUCCCUCGCCGCCAGGAUCCUCGAUGAAACGGGGGUUUACAAGAACCUCUUGCAGGAAAUUGCUCAGAGGGUGGGGGCUUCGUUGCCGCAGUACUUUACAUUCAGGUCAGGCUUAGGACAUCUUCCUGUGUUUACUGGGACGGUAAAGUUGGCUGGAAUCAUGUUUACUGGUGAACCUGCCAAGAACAAGAAACAAGCAGAGAAAAAUGCUGCUAUGGCGGCUUGGUCUUCUUUGAAGCAAUGUAAGUGCCUCCCUGCCUUUUCUCUCGAUGCCUUAAUUUCAUGUAAAAGGAUAUCGAGCUUUACUUCAGUUUGUCUUGUCAAUAUUGCUUCAAAAUACCACAAACUAGAACACUCGCAAUUCCCAGCCCAGUCCUGUUUCCGAAAUUUGCGUAAGAAAUGUGGGCUUCUGAGGCAGUGCACUGCCUGUUUCUUCCGAAAAUUCGCCUGUAGUGCCCGCUUAUCCGGGGUAAAGGCCAAGACCAUGUUCAAUGCAUUUGUAGAUCCUUUUUCCAUGUGACUUUCUUUCAGAUGACAUAAUGUUAUGUGCCAGAUAGUUUUACCUGCAUAUGUGACGCUACAAUCUUCCUUUUGUCGAUUUCUUUUCGUCCAAUUGAGUUUUAACUUUUUAGUGAACUACUUAAUAGAAGCAAAUCACCCUGCUAUAGUGGCAAUGCAGGACAGGGAGUCCCAUGG